AUGGUUUUUGACGUGUGUUUGUAUCAUAUGGGAAAGUUAAUGAAGAACAAGGGUCUAGAAUAUGUGGGAGGAGAGAUACAUGUUAUUAGGGGAAUCGAUCCCGACAUGUGGUCAUACUUUGAAGCGAUGGAAUUUGUUAGAGAAUUCAAGUAUGAUGGAGAGUUCAAGCUUUGGUGGAAGGGUUCGAAAGAAAAGGCAAUGAACAACCUCAGACCACUGACAGAUGAUAGAGAAGCCAUUUUGUUGUCUAACUAUGCAGAGGCAAAUAAGGAGGAAGUUGAAAUUUAUGUUCAACAUGGCCAACCCAGUCAAGUAGAGGAAAUUAGUUUUCUUACAUUUGGUGAGGAGGCAGAGGAAAUAAGAGUAGAGGAGAUGGAGGAACAUGUUGUUAUGGAUGAAGAAGAUAUUGGUGGGGUGGAGGGAAAUGUUGAAGUACAAGACUUGCUACUAGAUGACAAAGAGGAAGAAGGGAAUGUUGAGGGAGAAAUGGUGGAAGAGCAAGAUGAAGAGCAAGAUGAAGAGGGCAAUGUUCUUGAGGGCGAAGGGGUGGAAAAUGUUGAUGACAAUGAAGAGGAGAGAAUGGCAAAUGAUGAUUAUGGGUUUGGGAUGGACAAUGUGAUGGUGGAGGAAGAGAGAAGAAAUAUUAAAUCCAGUUUUGGAUAG